AUGGCGGUUAUUUCCCUCUCUCUUCUUCCUCCUCCUUCUACUACUCACUCUUGCUUCUGUGCCGCCGGAAUCCAUUUCCGUUCCCACAGCAGCACCAACAAUUUCCUCUCCAUUCAUUCUCCUUCUCCUUUUCCUUCCACUUUCUCUAACUCUAAUUCUAAAUUCUCAUCCAGAAGAAAACGAUUCCACACUGUUUUUGCUGCUUCUUCUGAUUAUUACGCUACUCUCGGAGUUCCCAAAUCCGCCACCGUCAAAGAUAUCAAAGCCGCUUAUCGAAGGUUAGCUCGUCAGUAUCAUCCUGAUGUGAACAAAGAGCCUGGGGCAACUGAUAAGUUUAAAGAGAUUAGUAAUGCGUAUGAGGUGCUAUCAGAUGACAAAAAGAGGGCUUUGUAUGAUCAAUAUGGCGAGGCAGGGGUUAAGAGCUCAGUGGGAGGAGGAUCAAGUGCCUAUGCGACAAAUCCAUUUGAUUUAUUUGAGACUUUUUUUGGGCCAAAUAUGGGCGGCUUUGCUGGCAUGGAUCCAACUGGAUUUGGCACACGACGUCGUAGUACUGUUACUAAGGGUGAAGACAUCCGGUAUGAUUUCUCCUUGGAGUUUUCUGAGGCAAUUUUUGGAGCAGAGAAAGAAUUUGAGCUUUUCCAUUUAGAAACAUGUGAAGUCUGUACUGGUACUGGUGCAAAGUUAGGAUCCAAGAUGAGAGUAUGUUCAACUUGUGGUGGUAGGGGUCAGGUGAUGAGGACCGAACAAACACCUUUUGGGUUGUUCUCACAGGUUUCAGUAUGUCCAAACUGUGGAGGUGACGGGGAAGUCAUAUCUGAAAAUUGUCGUAAAUGCAGUGGUGCAGGACGCAUACGGGUUAAGAAAAAUAUGAAAGUUAAAGUUCCUCCCGGGGUUAGCUCAGGCAGUAUCCUAAGAGUCACUGGAGAGGGUGAUGCUGGACCAAGAGGGGGUCCUCCAGGAGAUCUUUACGUAUAUCUUGAUGUGCUUGAGAUACCAGGAAUUCAAAGAGAUGAUAUUAAUCUCCGCUCAACCAUAUCAAUCACUUAUCUAGAUGCUAUAUUGGGGUCUGUAGUGAAGGUAAAGACAGUUGAAGGCACUUCUGAACUACAAAUCCCCGCUGGUACCCAACCUGGAGAUGUCCUCGUCCUUGCAAAGAAGGGUGUACCAAAAUUAAACAGACCAUCAAUACGUGGUGACCACUUAUUUACUGUUAAAGUUACAAUACCAAAACGUAUCAGUUCAAAGGAGCGUGAGGUGCUUGAAGAACUUGCUUCUCUAGGUGGCACAAGCAGUCAUUCAAGAUCCCGUCCUAGGACCCAAUCUUCCACCGGAAGUAAGGAAGCUCCUGCAGCUCAAAGGGCCGAAAGUCCAACAGCAACAGUCACAGAAGAACCAAAGAAAUCAGAAGAAGAUGAUGACUUAUGGAACAAACUAAAGAACAUGGCUGGAUCUGUGGCAAAUGGAGCUCUAAAGUGGUUUAAAGAUAAUCUCUAG